CCGCUGGCUGUGUCAGUUUUGUGGUGACGUUCGUUGCGUACGGACGUGUUGCGCGGGGAACGUAUUGGCGGGAAUUCGCGUAUAAUCAUAUUUUAAUCAUUAAAACUUGUUCUUUUUUCAAAUUGUGAUGACAGGCACAUUGUCAUACGUACUCCGUGCGAUUGUUAUGACCACCCUGUAUUAUGUAUUGAUCAGUGUUUUCAAGGGAUUCAAACAAUACCUUGUGGGUGACAGUGUACAAUAACAUUGGAUUUGUUUGAGAUACCGCGAAGAACCGAAGUCACUGAUAUUACAAGAUGGCGGAUUUGGACCUCGUGAACAUAACAGAGGACAUAGACGCACUAGUGCAACAGAGUGAGCUGUCCAAGUUCUCUCCCGGUCUGCUGACGUUCGCGGCGGUGACGACAGGCGUGAUAAUGUCUGUCGGGCUUUUCGGCAACCUGCUGACCGUGGUAGCUCUCCUCAAGUGCCCCAAAGUGAGAAAUGUUGCUGCUGCGUUUAUUAUAAGUUUAUGCGUAGCUGACUUCCUGUUCUGCGCCAUGGUGCUCCCGUUCGCCAUAUCCGGCUUCUGGACCCGAACCUGGCCCCAUGGGGACGUGCUAUGCAAGCUGGUCCCAUUCCUGAGAUAUGGCAACGUUGGAGUGUCGUUGUUGAGCAUAGCGCUUAUCACUUUGAACAGGUACAUCAUGAUCGCGCACCACAGCUGGUACGGCCGCGUGUACAGGAAGCACAACAUCGCGCUCAUGAUCGUCUUCUCGUGGAUGUUCUCCUACGGCAUGCAGAUACCAACGCUCAUCGGGAUAUGGGGUAAAUUCGACUACGACGCAGAGUUAGGAACCUGCUCCAUAAUCCCAGAUGAGAACGGCAGAUCGGCAAAAACAGCACUCUUCGUCAUCGCUUUCAUAGUACCCGCUCUGCUCAUAUUCAUAUGCUACGCCAGGAUAUUCUGGGUGGUACACAGUUCAGAAGUCCGCAUGCGAGAGCACCAACGGACCCAGCACGCAAGCUCUGGCACUCUCAACAAUGGCGUCGAGAAGAGGUCAACUAUCAAGGACACUCGGGAGACGAAGGCGCGACGGAACGAGUGGAGAAUCACCAAGAUGGUGCUGGCCAUCUUCCUAUCAUUCCUCGUGUGCUACCUACCUAUCACUAUUGCGAAGGUCGCAGACAGCCACGUGCACUUUCCCGUGUUCCACGUGGCCGGCUACCUGCUGCUGUACGCGAGCGCGUGCGUGAACCCCAUCAUCUACGUCAUCAUGAACGCGCAGUACCGCGCCGCGUACGCCGCCGCGCUGUGCUGCCCGCGCAUCCCCGGCCUCACCAGCGAAAUGGAACGAGCGUCACGGGUACAGCUUCAGCAACACACGAACGGUGCUCAGUCAGGUGUCCCUGGGCGAGUCCAGGGCAGACCCUCGGGGCUCGACGUCAGGGCCAGGAAGAUAGGGAUAGGAUCCCAAGGACCCAGCUCACACAUCGAGCUGCGCACGGAGACGGUCACCACCGGCAUAGAGAAGAACCUCUCCAAGUUCACCAGGUUCGAAAUGGACCAAGACUCCCACAGAUGCUGACAUGCCGCUAACGCAUGACGACACCAAAGAUUUUUUUUAUUUAAACUUUUUAAGAGAUUUUUUUAUUAUUUUGCAUUUGCAAUAGAUACUCUUAAUUUGUAUCCGUCCUGCUCUAGCGGCAUGUUAGUAUUUUGUACGUUUGUAAAUAAUUUUAAGUGCCUUAUUAGUGUAAGUUAUUUUAAUAAUUAGACAAUUGAAAUGAAUUUUGAAUGGCUCGAAUAUUUAUUAUCUGACAAAUUUAUUUAUUUUUAAUUUGUACUAUACUACUUACGAAUCUAAUGCAAAAUUGUAAAGAAUAGGUAAGCAUGAUAGAAAAUAAUUAAUACCGUAUAAGAUACACAUACGCUCAAGAAUAGUAGAGUGCAGUAUACAAUCAGUAUUCGUUAAAAGUGUUGCCACUUUUAAGAUGCUUCUAAUAAUAUAAAUAAAGGUUGGUGUGUUCAAUAAAAUAAUUUUAUGUUAUUGCGACUUUUAAAGUUACCUCAUAAAUAAUUUCAUUGUAAAUUCUGUAUUCUGGGUGUACAUAAUGCAAGUAACUUUUACACAAUAUUGAUUGUCACCAUAAUGAUUAUGAAAAAAAUAUGUUCUACCUAAUGAGUACAGUUCGACAA